AUGUUCAGCAAGACGUUGCCUCGUGCGGCUCCUCGGAUUAGCGCAUUAGUACAAUGUUGUGAAGCGCAGCCAUCUCUCCACAGGCUUACAAAGUUACCAAAUCGAACAUGGAAACCCAUCCAGCAACCAUUGGGGAGGCGCUAUCGCUCCACCAUGCGUGAACAAUUCAGGGAUCAAUACUACAAGAGUCCUGUAUUGUUCCCUUUCGCCAUCGGAGUCAUCGCCCUCGUCUCCGGUAUCUGCGUCCUUUACAUACCAUGGUACUAUAGGAACGUCAUCAUAAAACCCUACCACAACUUCCCUGAGCCCGUCGCAAAGAAGCUCCGAAAAGCCCUCUUCUACAGUCGUGGCAAAUGGCUCGACAUCCGCGAAGCGAACAAGCACUUCCGACAGGCGCUGGCACUCGCCGACGAGCUGGGCAUGGACCCCUUCAGUGACGAGAUUAUGGGCGUCAAAUACACAAUCGCGGCGCUAUUCGAAGAUGCUGGAUACUACAGCCUGGCGAUUGAUGUGCUGGAAAUCAUGCGCAAUGAUUGUCAACGAUGGGCCGACGAAUUUUCGGACAGGCAUUGGAAUAAUGGGAAUAGAAGCAGAGUCAAGAAGAACAUGGUGCAAAUUAGCCUGAAGCUGGGACUGCUUUACGAUACGAGAUACGUCAACGAGCCUGAAAACGCGGAGAAGAGGCUUGUCGAGGCAGUGGAGAGCGCAUUGAGCGAGAAGCAGCGACGAGAACGAGACGGUGUGAAGCCGGGUGAAGGGCCGUGGAUGACGGACGAUGAGAUGGGCGGCACACUCGAGGCUCUCGGGACACAUUACGAGCAAUUCGAUUCGCACUACCUGGCAACACCGCUGUUCGUCAAAGCGCUGGAACUAUGUCCGCCAAAGUCCUGUCAUAGCGUCGUCCUCAUGAACAACAUCUCAACCUGCCUCGUCCAACAAACCCCACCCUCUUCCUCCGACGCCAUUACAAUGUCCUCGGCACCCUCCGACUUCCCCGUAACAAACUCCGCACCACGCACACUUCUCAUCGAACAGGCACGGCAAUGGGCAACAAAAGCGUUAGCGCAAGCAGCGGCGAUAAAAUCACCAGACAGAAAUGACGAGUGCGACGUCGGAUGCGCAGUCGCAACACACAACCUCGGAGAAUUCUUCGAGAUGGAGGGCAAGAUCUCAGAAGCCAGACAGAAGUAUGAGGAAGCGGCCAGUCUAGCCAAGAAGAUGGGGUUUGCCGAGGGACAGACGAAUGCGCGCGCGGGAUUAAAGAGAUUAAGAGUGCUGGAGAAGAAGGCGUGA